GAGAAACAACUCCCCCCAAAUUCAAUCUAACCAGAAUACCUUGCUUUCUCUCUCUACAUUGCAGAGAGAGAGAAGAGGCAGGAGGGGAAAUAGAAAAAUAAACCACCGACUUUUUCAAUCCUCUCCAUUUUAAAGCUGCUCUCUGCAACUCUAAUGGCGCCAUAGAUCGCCAAAACCGCGACACAAGACCGCUAUUGACAGAGCAAAAGUCACCCCACAAAAGAUUCCAGGGAACAGAGAAUGGGACUGCGAGCCUCUUCUUUCUCCUUCUUCUUGGCCGCAUUCCUCUCUCUUGCUUUUCUUUUCCCCGUCAAUGGCGAUGAUCCGUAUAGGUUUUUUACGUGGCAAGUGACUUGGGGGGACAUUUAUCCCCUCGGUGUAAAGCAGCAGGGGAUUCUGAUAAAUGGGCAGUUUCCGGGACCUCAGAUUGAGGCCGUAACAAACGACAACCUCGUCAUCAACGUCUUCAACAACUUAACUGAGCCUUUCCUCCUCUCCUGGAAUGGGAUACAGCAAAGGAGGAAUUCAUGGCAAGAUGGGGUUUAUGGUACCAACUGCCCCAUCCCACCUGGUGGAAACUUCACAUACAAUUUGCAGGCAAAGGAUCAGAUUGGAAGUUACUUCUAUUUCCCUUCCCUUGCCUUUCACAAGGCUGCCGGUGGGUUCGGAGGGAUCAGAGUUCUUAGCCGACCCCUCAUUCCGGUCCCGUUCCCUCCACCCGCCGGAGAUUUCACCGUCCUCGCCGGUGACUGGUUCAAGGCCAACCACUCUGAUUUGAAGGCAACUCUGGAUGGUGGGCACAGUCUUCCUUUCCCUGAUGGUAUUCUCAUCAAUGGCCGCGGACCAAAUGCUCUUGUCUUCACUGUAGAUCAAGGCAAAACUUACAGAUUUCGGAUAUCAAAUGUGGGCCUUACAACCUCAUUCAACUUCAGAAUUCAAGGUCACAAGAUGAAACUCGUAGAGGUUGAAGGAUCUCACACACUUCAGAACACUUACUCCUCUCUUGAUGUUCACUUAGGUCAGUCCUACUCUGUUCUGGUGACUGCUGACCAACCAGGACAGGACUACUACAUUGUUGUCUCCACUCGCUUCACCAACCCUGUCCUCACCAGCACUUCUAUCCUUCACUAUAGUAACUCUCAAGGCCAGGUCUCUGGCCCUCCUCCUGGUGGACCAACCAUCCAGAUUGACUGGUCUCUCAAUCAGGCACGCUCAAUUCGAUGGAACCUGACAGCAAGUGGGCCAAGACCAAACCCUCAGGGCUCCUACCACUAUGGUUUAAUCAACACUACACGAACAAUCAUCUUGUCUAACUCGGCCAACAUCAUCAAUGGCAAGCAAAGAUUUGCAGUUAACAGUGUUUCCUUUAUCCCCGCUGAUACCCCAUUGAAGCUUGCUGACUUUUACAAGAUUCAGGGUGUUUUCAGCCUUAAUAGCAUCCCUGAUAGACCAUCGGGCAGUGGUGGCUACCUCCAAACUUCUGUAAUGGCAGCUGACUUCCGAGCUUAUGUUGAGAUUGUGUUUGUCAACCAAGAAGAUGUAGUGCAGUCAUGGCAUCUUGAUGGCUAUUCCUUCUUUGUUGUGGGAAUGGAUGGAGGGCAGUGGACACAAGCAAGCAGGCAAAAUUAUAACCUGCGUGACACAGUUGCCCGUUGCACCACCCAGGUGUAUCCCAAGUCAUGGACAGCCAUUUAUGUGGCACUGGACAAUGUGGGUAUGUGGAACUUGAGAUCAGAGAAUUGGCCACGACAAUAUUUAGGCCAACAGUUCUAUUUGCGUGUGUAUUCCCCUGUAAAUUCAUGGAGAGAUGAGUACCCCAUUCCUCGAAAUGCUCUGCUUUGUGGCCGAGCAUCUGGCCGCCGAACACGCCCUCUUUGAGUCCCUACUCUGCACUCCAUCCCUUUCUUUGCUUCUCGUCACGAAGGGGUGAUGGUUGCAUGCAUGUGCUGCUAUUACUACUCCAUGCCUUGCUAUUUAAGUCGCUCAACUCGAGCUGCUAUUUUUAUUGUAUUUUCUAAUUUUAUUCCUUUUCUCCCCCAUUCUUCAUGGUGCUCUCUCAUUAAGCAUUAUUUAGUAGAAUUUCAUGACAGUUUCUGGCUGUUGUUUACUCAGUAAUCCAGUUUUGAUGGUCUGGCUCCAUAACUAUGUUGUAAUUGUUAUAUGAAACUCUGUUCCUUGAUUGGAUCCGAAUGAGGGAUGUCCAAUGAAUAAUGUGACAAGAAGGCUAUAUGAGGUUUCUAAAUGUAUGGAUGGAUUUUAGUUGUUAGCU